CGCUGGCGCUGGGAUAAAGCGGGGCGGGCCGGGUGGCGGCUCACGGACGCGGAGCCCCACUCCUGCCGCCGCAGCCCCCCGCCGCCCCUGCGGGCACGCACCGAGCCCCGCACAGCAGCAGAGGCGUCCCGGAGCCCCCGGCGCCGCCGGCACCGAGAUGGCUGAGGAGUCCCGAGACCAGCGCUUCCUCUACAUGAUCUCCUGCUUCAGGCCGCGGUUGAAGCAGUUCAUCCGGGUGCAGCCGGUGCUGGACCGGCUUCCCUCGCUGAGCCCAGCGGAGAGGGAGAAGGUGCGGGCGGCCGCCCUGCAGCGGGGCGAGGUGGAAGGGGCGGAGGAGCUGCUGCGGGCCGUGGAGCGGGGGCCCCACGGCUGCGGCUGGUUCCACGAGUUCCUGCAGGCGCUGGAGCAGAGUGGCUGCAGUCUGGCCGCCAGCUAUGUGAACCCUAGCCUUAGCCAGCUCCCCUCACCUGCCCAGGAGGCUGACCAUGACCUCUGCGUGCACUUGGUGCAGUUGCUUCACAGCACACUGGUGGACAGAAUGCAGACCAUGCAAGUGGCCGAGCAGUGCCUGCAGAUGGGCAUCUUCCAGGAUGAGGACCUGGAUCGGAUCCAGACUGUUACUGACAAUCGUGGGAACAGAGAUGGUGCAAGGGAGCUAUUGAGCAGAGUAGUGCAGAAGAAAGGUUGGUUCUCUCCGUUUUUGAUUGCUCUGCGCGAAACCCAACACGGACAGCUUGCAGAUGAUUUAAGUGGAAAUACAAGAGGAGCAGAAAAUGGACAAAAUGGGAUGAAGAACAGUACAAAUGAAGAAACAGAAGCUACAAGCCAACCAGGAUAUGCUGUUGUGGAGGAUUUGAAACAGCAAGAAAAUGUGAAUGAUAAUUUCAGCAGUGAAAACAGUGUAUUGGAAACAUCUAUUGGACAGAAUUCUGUCAUUUCAGAGUCAGAUGUCUCCAUAGGAAAUGAAAGUGUCAACAACUUGAAUGAAAACCUGGGACAGAGCUGCACAACCAGUGAUUCAGAUGGAGAUGAAGUGGAGAGCAGAGCUUCACCUGAGUCAGAUCUGAUCCUGAGAGAUUACCAGAUGGAAGUUGCAAAGCCAGCACUGAAUGGGGACAAUAUUAUAAUAUGUCUCCCUACAGGCAGUGGUAAAACCAGAGUGGCUGUUUACAUUACCAAAGAUCACUUGGAUAAGAAGAAAAGAGCAUCAGAGCCUGGAAAAGUUAUAGUACUUGUUAAUAAGGUACCAUUGGUAGAGCAGCAUUUACGAAAGGAGUUUCAUCCAUUCCUGAAGCCAUGGUAUCAGGUUAUUGGUUUAAGUGGUGAUUCUCAGCUGAAAAUCUCAUUUCCUGAAGUCGUCAAAAAAAAUGAUGUAAUCAUCUGUACAGCACAGAUCCUUGAGAAUUCACUGAUAAAUGCAGGAGAAGAAGAUGAAGAAGGUGUCCACUUAUCAGACUUUUCGCUCAUCGUUAUCGAUGAGUGUCAUCACACUCAAAAGGAAGGUGUCUACAACAAUAUAAUGCGACGUUACUUAAAAGAAAAAAUGAAGAACAAGAAGCUGGCAAAAGAAAACAAACUACUGAUCCCACAGCCUCAGAUUCUGGGACUUACAGCUUCACCUGGAGUAGGAGGUGCAACAUCCUAUUCAAAAGCUGAAGAACAUAUUCUGAAAAUCUGUGCCAAUCUUGAUGCAUGUAGAAUUAUGACUGUUGAAGAGCAUGCCUCCCAACUGAAGAAUCAGGUGAAGGAACCAUAUAAGAAGACUGUGAUUGCAGAUGACAAAAGAAUUGAUCCAUUUAGAGAGAAAAUUACUGAGAUCAUGACAGCCAUUCAAAACUAUUGCCAGCUCUAUCCAAAAUCUGAGUUUGGAACUCAGCCAUACGAACAGUGGGUGAUUAAAGAAGAGAGAAAAGCUGCAAAAGAAGAAAAACGCAUGGGACGCGUCUGUGCAGAGCACUUGAAGAAAUACAAUGAUGCUCUCCAGAUAAAUGACACCAUCCGAAUGGUGGAUGCAUACAAUCACAUAAACAACUUCUACAAGGAGGAGAAAAAAAAGAAGACAGUAAGGAGUGAUGAUGAUGAUGAUGAUGAUGAAGAACCAGCAGUAUCAAAACAGGAUGAAACAGAUAAAUUUCUAAUAGGUUUAUUUCAUGCAAAUAAGAAGCAGCUGAAAGAGUUGGCGAGAAAGCCGGAAUAUGAAAACGAGAAGCUAAUACAGUUGCGAAACACUUUAAUGGAGGAGUUCACAAAGACUGAGGAACCCAGAGGAAUCAUUUUCACAAAGACUCGGCUAAGUGCCUUUGCUCUAUUCCAGUGGAUUAAGGAUAACCCAAAAUUCGAAGAAGUGGGAAUUAAGGCCCAUUAUCUUAUUGGUGCUGGACAUAACAGUGAAACAAAACCCAUGACUCAGAACGAACAGAGAGAAGUUAUUGAUAAAUUCCGAGGUGGAAAUGUGAAUUUACUUAUUGCUACUACUGUAGCUGAGGAAGGGCUAGACAUCAAAGAGUGUAACAUCGUUAUUCGCUAUGGCCUCGUCACCAACGAAAUUGCUAUGAUGCAGGCUCGUGGUCGAGCUCGAGCUGAUGAGAGUACCUAUGCACUUGUGGCUUCGAGUGGCUCAAGAGCUAUUGAACGUGAAGAUGUUAAUCUUUACCGUGAGAAAAUGAUGUAUAAGGCCAUUCAGCGUGUCCAGAAGAUGCCGCAGCAAGAGUAUUUAAAUAAGAUUCAGAAUUUCCAGUUACAAAGUCUAGUGGAAAAAGAAAUGAAAGCAAAACGAGAUCAGUGCAAGAAAUACAAGAAAAAUCCUUCACUAAUAACAUUCCUAUGCAAAAAUUGCCACAAGCUGGUAUGUUCUGGAGAAGACAUACAAGUUAUUGAAAACAUGCAUCAUGUCAGUGUAAAAAAAGAUUUCCAGAGUCUUUAUCAUACAAGAGAAAAUAAGACACUGCAAGAUAAGGAUGCCGAUUACCAGAUAAAUGGGGAAAUUAUAUGUAAAGAUUGUGGACAAGCAUGGGGAAAUAUGAUGGUUCACCGAGGUCUUGACCUGCCUUGUCUAAAGAUUAAAAAUUUUGUGGUUGUGUUUGGAGACAAGAAAACAACGAAGGGUAUCUAUAAAAAAUGGGGAGAUCUGCCCAUUCGGUUCCCUAGUUUUGAUUAUGCAGCUCAUUGUCCUUCAGGAUAUGAAGACUGAGGACUCAGAAUGAAAAUAAGAGCCUGUUUCAUCUUUUCUCUGACUGCUGAGUAGCUCAUGUGUCCCACAGAGAGUGCUGCAUCAUAAACACUGUGGCAUGAGGGAAUUCUUUAGAAGAAAAAAUCCCAGGGAAGGAGAAGGAUGAAGUCCCAUGGCUGCUGUUUGCACUUCGCUUUGCGGUGGUACUCAGGGACAAAGACAAAUACAUUGUAGUUAUCUGUGUCCACGGAACAAAUUCCCAUCUCUACUCACUACAGUCUGUCAUGGGGUGACAACACUGUCAAAAGCCUGUUAGGUGACCUGUCAUCAAGCACAGAACAUAGGACAGAAAUCGUGGUAUUUGCCUUGGUGAUUAUUUUCUGUAUUUCUUCCUGCUAGAACACUUUUGAAAAUAAAUUGCCUUAAAAGAGGAGACAUGUAAAGAAAACAAGUUAGCUGGGUAUUACUUCUGAAUUUUUGUUAACUUUGUCAGUGGUUUCACUACCGAGUUCUUCCCCUCUUUAUCUGCAAGCUCAUACAUUUUGACAGACUAAAAUUGGUUCCAUUAAAAGACAUUUUAAAAAAUCAAGCCCUUAAACUGACCUGUAAUUGAUUCUUUUAAGUUUCAAGAAGCACAAUGCCAAAUGUCUUUCUGUGUGUUAGUUUCAUAGGUUUGUUAAACAGCCUAUAUAAUGAGGUGUAUUUUUUUCUAUAGAUUAAUGAUUAACUAUUGCCAACUGUGACAGUGAUAUUCUGACUGUAAAAAUAUUAUAAUGUCUCUCUGUAUUUGCCUCAUCGACAGACUUCCCCUUCCCCUAUUUGCAAGUAAGAUACUGGACAGUGGAAAGAAGGACUGUUUGUUGUUUCAACAGUCAGCUUUGCAAAUUCAGGAUAAAGUGGUAUGUUUACUGUCAUGGACAUGUCAACAAUUCAGUAGCCCCAGGUAACAUUUCCUAGUUAAAACAUAGCUGCAAAGUAUAUGCCAGCAAAAAAAGAAUCUUAUGGCUAGAUUUAUAAUUGCUUUACAUAUUUAAAGGAAUAGAAAUACUGUGCAUAUUUUUUAAAAUCAGAUUUUAUUUCAGGUUUGCAUCAGGACCAGAUUUGCGUUUGUUUGGGUUUUUUUCAUAUUGCUGGCCGUUCUUCAGGGGAAGGGAAAAAAAACUAAUUUCUGACUGAGAAGUGCAGCACAUUUGAGAUAGCACCAAACUGGUACAGGUCAUUUUGAGAUUAGCUACUUACUUAUAAAUAAAUUAUAGCAUUAGGAAGUAAAUAUGCACACGGAUGAGUUUUCACUAUAGCAGUUUUAUACAUUAUAAUGUGCUUAAACUACAGAAAUUGCAGUUUAUUUACACAUUGAAAUUACUCCACAACAGUGAUUUAUACUAAUAAACUACUGCCUUAGGACUGAAAAAAAAAAAAUAAUAAAAAAAAUCAGGCAUAUUAAGAGUUAAGAUAUUCUAUAUGCAAAGAUUUUUCAAGACACAGCAACUGCACAGGUAUUUUUGAAUGAUACAACAAAAACAAGAAAGUCCAGUGGAAGAUAGGAAGCAUAAGAUAUUUGUAGUGUGUAUAUAUAUGAUUAUAUAAUAUAUAUAUAUCAUCAUAUAAUUGUAUUCUUACCUUUCUGUAUUGUCUAGGGCAAAACAAAUGUGAAAUCUUCACCAAUUCUUUUAUUCAUCAUUAGAUACUUCAUUUAGUUAACAAAAUUAAAACAUUCCCCUCAUUUAUUGUUCUUAGAAACGUCAAGUUCCUGUCUUCUGUUGUAGUAGAAGCUUUUGGCUACUUCUAGAAUCUGCUGAUUUAGCAUUAAAUACAGGGUUAACACACUGAGAAUCUGACUAAUUAAAAUAUUGGAGAUUGAGAGAUCACGACAGAUCAUGGUUGUAAUUGACAGGUCAUUAUUGUAAUUUAAGAUGUAUUUUGUUAAUGUGCUCAGUAUCUGAUGAGAUACUAUGAAAAUAUACUAAAAUUAAUUAUUAAAAUAGUCUCUCUUGACAAUAAUAAUCUAGAUCAUCUCUGAAUUUCUGUAUUAAUGAGUUGUUACAGUUAUGUAAAUGUAACAUAAUGGACUGGACAUAGCAUUUUGAAGUGUCUGAAGUAAUUUAUCCAGUACUGUAAAGAAAUGUAAAACUAUGGUAAAAAUAUGAUAUCAUUACAUAGCUUGUUUCUGGUCCUCAGUCAAAUAAUUUUCCAUGCUAUGGAAAAUGUAUGGAAAAUGCUAUUUCCAUGGAAUUCUUUGUUCUUUUAUAGUUGAAUUAAAUAGGGAUGUAUCACAAAUGUGCUUGGGCUUCUUGUAGUUCACCUGUGUUCUGCUGUUACACUGCAAGUUCUUCUUAAGUGACUCAACCACUUAAAGUGUUUGCACAUUCUAACUUUAGCAUAAUGUGUAGUGAAUCCUGCUGGCUGUGUAGAACAAGGAAUUUCCACUUCAAGUUACUGUCUCUGAAUGGGGUGGUAAAAAGUGCCUAUUUUUCAUCCAGGAAGUGUGAAGUUGUAAACAAACAAACAAACAAACAAACUAAACUGCCAUAUUUUAUCUGCUACUUACUUCUGCAUUUAGUGGCUUUAUGGACCCAAAGUCCUGCAGGGAGUGUGACAAAUCUGGAUUGUAUUUUCUACUUACAGCUUUUAUUUGUUUGCAAAAGUGAAAAGAAAAACUAUUAGUCACUGGGGAAUUGUCUAGAUAUGUGUGUAGCUACUAAAGAACUGGUUCAGAUUAGUUGCAUUUUUGUUAUUCUACCCCCUUCUGGUCUGAUGUCAUGCACAACCUGUAUUUGUAAACCUACAUUUCCUCAUCUAGGAAAUGUAAAUAUUUUAGUAACCUAAUACUAGUUGCAUAACUGGUGGGAUAGUUGCUGUACAGAGUGUGUUUUCUGUUCCAUAAUUUGUUUAUUUCUCCAACUGAUUCACCGUCUUUCUAGCUUCCUUACACUUUAAUUUUUAGCUUAUAUUAUGGGAUUCUGAUGUUGCAGAAGUUAGGAAGUGAUUUGGCUGUGGAAAGAAGUGCUGUUUGCUUCUUCACUAGUACUAAUAUAAACAGUCCAGAGAAGGGAGUUCAGGUGUUAUGAGCAGUAAAGCUACAAAGCCUGUAAAGGUCAUUCCCUGCUAAUUAAAUUUUGUUUGCUUCUAA